CAAAACCUGAAGGUGUUCCUCCGCCUUUGUUCCUUGCAAGUUGGAAGAGUAUGAAAUGUUCGGUUACAACCGAACUUAGCCCUUUCUUACUUGUUAGCCAUAUAUUUAUGAGCUGCGCGAAGCCUGACACUUUAGUCCUGUCCGAAUGAUUGAACCGGAAAGUGCAGAUAGUGGCGGGAUUUUUUGUUCGUUAUUUUUGCUUGGAUUGGUGAACAGUAAUGACAGUGAAAAGCAAUUCACAGCAUAUAAAAUUUCGGUUAUUAUAUACAUACAGACAUGUCAUUUGCAUGUAUAAAUGCAAAUAUAAGUUAAUGGCAUAAAGUCAGUGGGGAAAACCACAUAAACUUACAUGCAAAUAAACAUUCAUGUUGAUAUAUAAUAUAUGUAUAUAUACACAUGCAAAUGGAAUUUUUGCGAAAUACAUAGAUCUAACUCUAUCAGCCUAAGCGUACAUACAAACACAUCCAGGGUGGAUGACAUUGAUUUUGUGGCUUUGUGGCCAACUAACUCGCAAUAGUCGCAACCGCAAACUACAGACGACAACAGCGACAACGACGACAAUGUCUGUUGGCGGAAAUCGAAUCAUACACGACUUUGAAACUAAAGUAACAGGAUGUCAGCUUGAAGUGAAUGCAUGCCAAGAGUAAUGUGUGUGGUUUAGCGUUGAAGGACAUUAUAUGUAUAUAUAUGUAGGUGUAGGUAACGGCACUAUUAUGUGCAUAUUUAAUCUGUAGGAAAUUGUCAUAGUUUUGAUUGCAAUGGACACUCGAUCUGAAAUCGAUUGACAGCGGGAAAUUACAACGAACAUUUAAAUGUGCAUACAUACAUACAUAUAUACAUUUCGACUACAGCGCAAUUAGAAUAGCAGCCAUUAGAGUAAAAAACGAUUAGUGGAAAAAAAUUAAAAGAAAAAAUAGAAAUAAAAAGAAAAAAAUACAAAAGAAAUUAUUAAACUAGCUUAUAGAAAACGUGUGAGUAUGGGCUGCUCAACUUCUGCGCCAACCGUCAGCGAAGCAAACAAAGAACGAACCUUGUCGGCUAACAAAGCGAGCGGCAACAACACGGAUUCAAAAUCGAAAAUGAGUGAUCAAGAAAGUAGUGGAGACAAGGAUAAAUAUCCCGCUUCGGAAGCCUACGUAAUUCCGUUAAGUGAUGAGGCUGAGACAAAAGUAUACACCGCAGAUGCCCAGGAAGCAAAAGAUUUACUUGCUGCGACAGUGAAAAAGCAGCCGCCAAAACGUAUACAAGAAUUAAUGGAACAAGCGGCUGAAAAUGAGGCGGCCACUGUAAAUCUACAAGAUUUGGAGGAGAAACUCGAAAAGGCCGAAGAGCGCCGCAAGGAAUAUUUGCAACAAAAAAUUACAACAAUACAAAAGACCACGCAAUUGCUGACACAUAGCGGCAGUAAGGAGCUCAUAGAUAAGCUGGAGGCAACACAAAUAUUUGAUGGCGAUGAAGAAGAGAAACUCGACAAUCCAAACGACAAAGAAGGGGAGAAGAAGUAAAUAUUUUAGGCUUAAAACUACUUUAUGUUACAAUCAUUUGCCGGCAUAUACUCUAUAAGUAAAUAAUUACAUUAAAAUUAUAAAAUAAAUUGUGUAUUUAAGAAAUAUGCGCCUAAAAUACUGCUUUAGAAGUAAAAUAUAUGUUUCAAAAUAA